AGGGAAGGAAGAUAGAGACAGAUAAAGAAAUCUAUUUAAAGCACUCCCACUUUAUAUGCAUAUUAAUUCAACACACCCCUUUCAUUGUUUUAGUAUAUAUUCUCUUUCAUUAAUUAUAAUGCUAUACGUGAAUAUAUAAGCUGAUAAAGCUAGUACAUACGUAGCUUCGUUCUGUGCUAUAUAUAACCUUUUUUCUAUUAUCACCCUUGUGACCACGCAAAAAAAAGGAGGGACCAAAAACCCUAGCCUUUUUGCUCUCAUUGGCUACCAAAAUGUGGAUGAUGGGUUAUGAAGGUGGUGAGUUCAACAUGGUUGAACAUUCACUCAUUACUGGAAGGAAACUCAAGCCUCUCAUGCCAAGGCCAAUGACGACUUCUCUCAACAAUGCACCAACAACAACCACUCCUAGCUUAUCUCAGAUCCAUGGGAAUGACUUCCUUUCACAAUAUCAUUAUCACCAUCUUGAACAAAACAAGAGAGAGUUCAAUGGUGCAGCACCAGUUGUUGUGAGCUCAAGGUGGAAUCCAACCCCAGAGCAACUAAGAGCCCUUGAAGAGUUAUAUAGAAGAGGAACAAGGACACCAUCUGCCGAGCAAAUCCAACACAUCACUGCACAGCUUAGAAGGUUUGGUAACAUUGAAGGGAAGAAUGUGUUCUAUUGGUUUCAGAAUCACAAAGCCAGGGAGAGGCAAAAGCGUCGCCGCCAAAUGGAAUCAGAUGCUGAAACUCCAGAGAAGAAAGAUUUAGCUGCAAGUAGGACAGUGUUUGAAGUUGAACGGACCAAGAACUGGACACCCUCAACAAAUUGCAGUACUAUUGCAGAGGAAUCUGUUUCAACACAAAGGACAGCAAAAGCAGUGGCUGCAGAGAGUAGAACAGAUGGAUGGCUCCUAUUAGAUGAAGGGGAAUUACAACAAAGAAGGAACGUUUUUGAAAGGAAUGCAAGGUGGCAUGUGAUGCAGUUACCUUGUCCUUCUCCUUCUUCUGCACCUGUCACCCACCUCAUAAACACCCCUCCCAAUGCUUCUGUAGCUAGUAGCAUGGCCACUACUACAACCACAGUAACAACAAGAAAAAUGGACCCAAACCUCAUUAAGACACAUGAUCUCAGCUUUUUUAUUUCACCCCAGAGAGAAAACAGUGCUAUCUACUUUAGUGGUAGCAGUAGUACUAGUGAAGAGGAUAAUUGUGUGGAGUCUCAAACCCUUCAACUUUUCCCAUUGAGGAGUGGUGAUGGCAUCAGUGACAACAUGAAGGAUAAUGAGACAGAGAUAUCAGCUUCAGCAAUGAAUGCCAACAACUUGACCCCUGGUCAGUUUUUUGAGUUCCUUCCUAUGAAGGAGUAAUAUCAGAAACGCAUGCUAUGAUUGUAAAAGGAUGGGAGUGUGUUUUGAUUUUGUUAUUUUGUUGGAAAAUGGCACUGCUUUUAUUGUUAGUUGUUAGAUGAUGUUAUGUUUCGAGGAAUUGGUGCUGUAAUAUGAAACUGGCUUUGAAUGAAGGUGUUGCCUUUUACCUUUAACUGCAUUUGGACUAUGAUGGUUGAACCAAAAGGAGAAUUAUUUAAGUAAUUAA